AUGUCAACCACUCAUCUGUAUGGUGUCUGUCUGUCUGUCUGUAAUGUCUGUCUGUCUAUCUGUCCACUCAUCAGUCACAAGUUUGGUAAGAAGUUGACCUAUGUAAACUACCUGUCUGAGCUCAGAGAUCACCUGAGCUGGGAUCAGCUCAUCAUCCCACCUGAUGUCCUCAGGCAUGACGAGAGGCUGCAGGCGGCCCAGAAGGGAGGUCCCUCAUCUAAGACUCCUCCCCCUAGACCUCCUCUGCCCACUCAGCAGUUUGGAGUCAGCCUGCAAUAUAUUGCUGAGAAGAACCAGGGAGUUAUGAUCCCUCCUGUGAUGUCCCAGACUGUGUCUUAUCUCAAAGACAAAGGUAAGAAGAUAGGAGCUGUCUGAUAGGACCUUGGAUCAGGUACCAGACCUCUACAGUAUAAUAGUUGUUGAGGUAGGAGCUGUCUGAUAGGACCUUGGAUCAGGUACAGGACCUCUACAGUAAUAGU